AUGUCACACGGUAUUUGUCCGACUAUUCGGACAGGUGGCCACCUGACCAUAGGCGGAUUGGGUCCGACAGCGCGUCAGUGGGGUCUGGCGCUCGACCAUGUCGAGGAAGUCGAGGUUGUGUUGGCGAACUCGAGUAUUGUGCGGGCAUCGGAUACUCAGAACCAGGAUAUUUUCUUCGCUAUCAAAGGUGCUGCUGCUAGCUUCGGGAUCGUCACGGAGUUCAAAGUGCGCACGGAGGAGGCACCCGGGCUCGCUGUUCAGUAUUCGUUCACGUUCAACCUGGGAACUCCCCAUGAGAAGGCGAAGCUCGUCAAAGAUUGGCAGGCGUUCAUAGCCCAGGAGAACCUCACCUGGCAGUUUUACUCCAAUUUGAUCAUCUUCGACGGCCAGAUUAUCCUUGAGGGUAUUUUCUUCGGCUCGAAAGAGCAGUACGACGCGCUCGAGCUUGAGAAGAAAUUCCCCACAAGCGAGCCCGGUACCGUGCUAGUCUUGACGGACUGGCUGGGUAUGAUUGGUCAUGGACUAGAAGAUACCAUUCUGAGACUGGUCGGAGACUCGCCGACCUGGUUCUAUGCCAAAUCCCUCGGAUUCACCCCGGACACGCUCGUUCCUGAUUCCGCUAUCGAGGAAUUCUUUGAUUACAUCCACAAGACCAACGCCGGCACUUUGGCCUGGUUUGUCACGCUCAGUCUGGAGGGUGGAGCCAUCAACGCCGUGCCUGAGGAUGCCACGGCCUAUGGUCACCGCGAUGUGCUUUUCUGGGUCCACCUCUUCGUAGCCAACCCGCUUGGACCGAUAUCCCAGACCACAUAUAAAUUCACCGAUGGUCUUUAUGAUAUUCUAGCUCAGGCUGUGCCAGAAAGCGCGGAACGCGCAUAUCUCGGUUGCCCAGAUCCUAGGAUGCCCGAUGCCCAGCAUGCAUACUGGCGUAGCAAUCUUCCAAGAUUGGAAGAGCUGAAGGAGGAAUUAGAUCCCAAGGACAUAUUCCAUAAUCCGCAAGGUAUUCAGGUUGCCUCCUGA